AUGCGAACCAUAAUUGUCAGUGAACACCAUACUGUAGAUGGGGACAUCAUGCAGGUCUUCCCGGGUGACUUCAGCCGCGGCGAGCCACCCGUCCACUUCAACCUAGUUCGCGACAGCCUUCCUUCACAAGAUAGCCUUCUCCUACAAAAUGCUUCCAAUACAAUUGAAGAGCUCGUCGGCGAAAGGGGCCCUCUGCUCGUAUCCUUGUACUUCAAGCAUGUACAUCCCAUGAACCUCGUGGUUUGUAAGGCAAACUUCCUCCGCGCCUACGCAGCGAUGGCGACUUCCGUUCCAGCGUCAUUGCGUGGUGUCAUCUACGGUCUUGGUGCCAUGUCGUGGAAUCGUGAUCCUGAACUGAGGCUUCUCCCGUCACCGAGCUCACAUAGCCUCUUCCGACAAGCCCACUCUGCUCUCCAGAUCGAAUAUCACCUCCCCAAUCAGUGGACACUCCAAGCCUCGCUCCUUCUUAUUCAUGAGCGGCCUGGAGAUAAUUUCACCAUGGAGACGCCAAGAACAUGGAUCCUCUCCUCGCAGUCUACAGCCAUCGCCCAAAUGCUGGGACUCCACCGGGACCCCAAGGACUGGAACAUCGCAGCGUGGGAGAAGCGCAUGCGGAAGAAAUUAUGGUGGUCUUCAUAUAUAACCGAUAUAUGGAGUUGUGUAUGCCACGGAAACGCUCCUCAUAUCAACAAAGACUCCUUUUCAACCGCACUAGUCGAUGUCGAGGAGAUAGCGGAGGAGGAUGAGAUUGACGAGGACUUGCAACAACAAUUUCUAGGCCCCCGCGAUGUUUCUGCAAAUGUGACAGCGCGUGCCCGGUUUGUCGAAUCGGUAAAGCUCAGCCGAAUCCUCCACGAGCUGCUUCAUUCUUUUUACUCUGAUGAAGCAUAUAAACGAAAUCUUAGCAACCCUUCGGCGGGCGAAUCAAAGCUCCUCGAGAUUGACGCACAACUGGAAAGCUGGAUGCUGCUGCGUGCAAGCUGUGUCGGCAGCGCAUCUUCCUCGAACCCCCGGGACUUCAGUACAAAUGGUCAGCCAAAGAUUCACAAUUCCGAUGUGGUGUGUAGCUUGAACUUUGUGAUUGACCAGUCGAUAGGCCCGUUACACCUUUCAUACUUUGCAGUCAAGGCACUUCUCUUCCGGGCCCUCAUGUGGCCGAUAAACGUAACCUCCAAGGCGGACCCCAACUCAUCUCUCCGACGGUAUUUUAGCAAAGCGCUGGGUGAAUUCGACCGAUUUUUGGAGUUUAUCAUGAAGAUCGACGCGCAUUCUUUGAACUGCUUCUGGGGAGCUCAUGCCCGGUCUCAGCUUGUUUUGUGUGGCAAUUUCAUCGUAUCCUUGUUUCUCAUGGCCCCCACGCCCGAUCAGGUGCAGGCGACCUUCCGCCUGCUUGAAAGCACCCAGUCCGCGCUGAAGAUCUGGAGAGAAUUGGCGGACAACGAGGAUGCGAUUUCCCUGCUCCGCCCUACUCUUCUCCGCAUCGAUACGUUAUUCACGCAGGCGGCGCGGAUGAUGGACACUGGGAAUAUCUGA